AUGUUUUCAGUCCUUUGCUUGUCUUUCAGACCACUCCAUUCAAUCUCUUGCCCUGAAAUCGAAAAGCAAUCACUUCUAACCUUCAAGCAAUCUCUGCAGGACACCUCGAAGUUGUUGUCUUCUUGGGAUUCCAAAGUCGAUUGUUGCACUUGGAAAGGUGUUUCGUGCAGCAACGUAACUGGCCAUGUUCUUCGACUUGAUCUUCAAGGUAACCGCUUAGGUGGUAAAGUAAACUCUUCUUUGCUCAACUUAAAGCAUUUGAAAUAUCUUGACCUGAGCUUGAACAACUUUCGUGAAAAGAUCCCUUCAUUCAUUGGAUCACUCCCAAGGCUUGAGUACUUGGAUCUAUCAUUAACUGGAUUUUAUGGAAACAUUCCCCAUAGUAUUGGUAAUCUUUCGAAUUUGCAUGUUUUAAGUUUGGCUGUCAGCACCUCAGUAGUCUUGCAGUUGGAAGUUAGUAGUCUUGAAUGGUUGUCGGGACUUUCUCGACUGGAGCACCUCAACAUGAAUGGUGUCAACCUAAGCAAAGCAACUAACUGGGCACAACAGCUUAUCAACAAACUUCCUUCUUUAGUCGAGUUGCAGUUGAAUCAUUGUAAUCUUAAUUUUAUGGAUCCUCUGAAUGAUGUUAAUAAUAUUAGCAGUUCUAAUUUAGCCACUCUUGAUCUCUCCUGGAAUUCCCUGUCUAAUGACAUCAUCCCUUUGUGGAUCUUUCAACUCAGCAACCUCCAGUACCUCGAUUUAAGUGAAAAUGAACUUUCUGGAAAAAUACCAAGAGAAAUUACAAACUUGUGCAAUAUUCAGACCUUGAGUUUAUUUGGUAAUAAUUUUGGAGGAGAGAUAUCGGAUUCAUUUGGAAACAAUAUGUCAGAUUGUUUCUUAGGAUCUUUGAUAUCUUUAGAUUUGUCAGACAAUCAAAUCUCAGGUCAUCUGUCUCAUCAGUUUGGAGAAUUUAGGAGUAUUCAAUCCCUUUAUCUUAGAGGAAACUCGUUGUCCGGUGUAAUUCCAAACGAAGUAGGGAACUUGCUUUCCCUGGAAAUUUUAGACUUGGAUAAUAACAAAUUAACAGGGAACUUACCUAAGAGUAUUGGGAAACUUGUGAACCUCAUAGAGCUUUAUAUAGGGAAUAACAUGUUGGAAGGGGUUGUGACUGAAACCCACUUUUCUAAUCUCUCAAAUUUAAGUUACUUGGAUGCCUCUGGAAACCACUUGACUUUGAAAGUCAACCCGAAUUGGAUUCCACCAUUCAAACUCAACGGGCUUUACCUCGGGUCCUGGGACUUAGGAUCCGGCUCUCGAAUUCCGUUAUGGCUUAAGACUCAGAAAGAGAGUAUCAGCAGCCUGGAUUUGUCCUGUACUGGAAUUUAUGGAAAUGUUCCCAGCUGGUUAUGGAGUUUGAAUUUUCUCAACCUUUCGUAUAACCAACUCGACGGAAAGAUUUUAUCCACGAAUGAUCAUGGAUAUGAUUAUGAUGUUUUCCAGUUUUUCUACUUGAGUUCCAACAGGUUUAGUGGUCCACUGCCUCAAAUAAUGACGAGUUCAUUAUUGGAACUCGAUCUCUCCAAUAACACAUUCUCGGGAGAUCUGUCAGAAUUUCUCUGCAACACAUCAACUAUUAAUGGACUGCAAAAUCUUAAUCUCGGGGAUAACAACCUGUCUGGUGAGUUACCUGAUUGUUUCGUGAAAUGGCAAUCAUUGACAAUGUUGAACUUAGGCAACAAUGAACUAUCGGGAAAAAUACCAGACUCCGUAGGAUUUCUAGCAAGUUUGGAGUCCUUGAAUCUAUACGGCAACAAUUUCUCUGGCCGUGUACCUUCUUCACUGCAAAAUUGCGUGAGACUAGUGAAGAUUGACUUCUCUUAUAACAAUCUUGGUGGGGACAUACCCAAAUGGAUUGACACAAGAUUUUAUCAGCUAACAGUUCUCAUUUUGCGCUCGAACAAUUUCAUUGGAGAAAUUACCACAUCCAUAUGCCACCUAAGAUCUCUUCAAAUCUUGAAUCUCUCUCAUAACAGGCUUUCAGGGAGAAUACCUACCUGUCUCAACAACCUUACUGCAAUUACCACAAAAAGAAAUUUAACAGAUCUUUUUAACGUCAAUGGUACAUUUCCAGAGAGUGCAUCAAUUGCAACAAAAGGAAGAGAACUCACCUACGGUAGUACUCUUUCUUUGGUUACCAGCAUUGACCUUUCAAACAACACCCUGUCUGGUGACAUCCCGAGCGAGAUAGCAAGUCUUGUGGAACUCAGAUCACUGAACCUAUCGAGAAAUAACUUAACAGGAUCGAUCCCAGACAACAUUGGAAACAUGAAGCAACUCGAAUCUCUUGAUUUCUCAAUGAACUUAUUAUCAGGUGAGAUUCCAAGUAGCAUCACAACCAUGUCUUUUUUGAAUAGCUUGAACUUGUCAUAUAACCACUUGACUGGAAGAAUCCCAGAAAGCACCCAGAUUCGGAGCUUGAACGAGUCGAGUUUCAUCGGCAACAAUCUCUGUGGCCCUCCACUUACAAUAUCUUGCAGAAAUGACGAUAAAGUCCUUGAUCCAACGGAUACAGAGAAUCUAGGCCGAGAAGGUAAUAAGCAAGAGAUUGAUUGGUUUUACAUAUUCCUAUCUUUAGGGUACGCCGUCGGGCUUUCGGCUGUCCUCACGACAUUGUAUUUUAAGAGGAAAUGGAGAGAAUCGUAUUAUGCGUUCUUUCACAAGUUAUGGGACAAUGUUUAUGUGUAUUUCGUUAUCAAGUGGAGAAGGCUCACAAGAGUGUCGAACUGA